AUGUCACUUAAAGCUUUCAUGUGUUUGUCGAUCGUCGGGCUAGUAGCAGCAGAGGCUGGAAAAAAGGGAUACAGUCCAAAGUAUAAUUUGAAAACAUAUGGCAAUCCGUUGGGACCACUCUUGGGUGGGAAUAGAUUUCAAGGAAAUAACGGCGCUGGAUAUCAUUUGAAUGGCCUAUCUGGAUAUGGACAUGGUAUCUAUACAAACAACUUGUAUGGAUUAGGUUCACCAUUACAUUAUGGCAGCAAAGUCGGGUAUAACAACUAUGGCUUCCAAAGUGGAUUUCCAGGAUACGGGUUCAUGAAUGGAAGAGGUUUGAAUGUAUUAGGUGGUUAUGAAAAUUACGAUGUCUAUGGUAAUGGAGUUAUGCCAUCCAAGGGAUAUGGAUUCGGCCAAGGACUUGGUGGAUACGGAGGGUAUAACAAAUUAAUUGGUUCUGGAGCAUUUGGUAUUGGUCGUGUAAAUGGGUAUAGAUCUUUUGGUAUCGGUGGCAUCAAUGGUUACGGGGCAUAUGGUAUGAGUGGUUUCGGCGGUGUUGGAGGAAUUGGUGGCAUCAAAGGUGACGGAGCAUAUGGUAUAGGUGGUUUUGCUGGAAUUGGUGAUUUGAAUGGUAAUAGAGCAUAUGGUUUGGGUGGUCUGAAUAAUUAUGGAUCACACAGUAUUGGUGGAUACAGAAACCAAAAAUACGGAUACAGUGGUGUUGGUAAAUUUGGAGGUAAAAAAGGAACAUAUUAG